AUGGACCGUAUUAUUUCCAUGAGUCGAUCUGAGGGAUUGGGUCUCAUAGAGUCAGACGCGCUUGAACGAGGCUUCCAUGAUCCUCCAAAAUCGACCAUCCCCCGUGUUUCCGAAGUCUUAAGUGGCAAUCGUAAGCGCUAUAUGUCUGCCAUUGGUUUCCUUUGUUCCGGCAUGAGCAUCUCAUAUGUAAGAGGCCCAGUGGCACUUUUUUCGACGCUAGAAGAUGAUAUAUCGGGAUGGGACGAGGAUGCCUUUUACAGUGAAGAGCCGCUUGUGGACAAAAGGGUCCAGACAGACGAGCUACUUGAUGGAUCUUCUCAGUCACUAGGACGACGGCAAGACACAAUCGGUACUGGGACAACAGGGAACGCAAAUGCAAACCCAGUAGUAGCAGGGGCUUUACCCGUUCAGUCAAAGCAAACCCAAAAUGUGACCGGUACUACAAACUCCACACCUCAAACCAACACGACUUCGGGUACUCAGCCGGGCUACAUUGGCAAUGCUCCGAAUCCCAAUUCCGAUCAGGUGAAUUGCUCCGAUCUCGUGACUGGGCGAUCCAAUGAUUGCUGGGCCCAGCUUAGAUUGACAGACUAUGUCAACAACUGGCUUGAGAAUAACCAAUGCUACCAAGGAGAAGGCUUUUCGACAUGUUUCUUGCGACAGAAUCAUUUCCCUGGGCUUGACUGCUCUGUGAUUACGCCGAGCUCUUGUCCGGCCAUUCAAAGUGACGCCGUCAACCAAGAUCCCAGAACAUUUUACGUGGCAUACAACAUAUAUGCGAUCAACGCCUUUUUCUAUUCUUGGUGGUUAGCAGUGGGCAACUCAGGAGGUAUUGCGGCAGAUAAUAUUGGCAAGAUUGUCCAAAUUCUGGAUCCGCCAGACGACAUGAAGGUCGACCUUCAGUGGGCUCUAAUUGCAUUUCAGGCUGUUUUUUCCAUCAUUCCUGGUAUUGCAGGCGUCUGGGCUUCCCACAGUGCCUUCAGCUAUGCGUUCCAGGUUGGGGCUCAAGUUUUAUCUAACGCUCUGGCUACGGUUCCUAACGUUGGGAGAUUUCUGUUUCCCACAGGCUCUGCAGAGUCUCAGGUAGUGCAAAUGGCCGAUCUUGCCAACGAUUUCGGAACAGUCUUGCAAGGGGUUCAAAGCAAUUUGAACCAAACGCUUGUGUCAGUCAUGGCAAACGUCACGGAGUUUCUAGCCUUUGCUGAACAAGGUAACUUUACUUCCAAACCACAGUCACUGCCAGAACAAGCCGGCUAUUUCAACGAUAGGUACUAUGCGUUUAAUACUUAUCUUAUUUCGCAGACACUCAAUGGCAACAACGUCUAUGCAGUGCUAGGAAAAGGAACAGAUCCUCACCAGCUUGCGACGAAUGGGAGCAAGCUUGCUGAUGACAUAGACCUGAAAGACUGUAAGACUGGUUACAACAGCGUUGGGGUCUGCGACGCGUGGUGGUAUAGCGGCAAUUAUCGAUCCGCAUUCACACUCGACAAUUUCAGCCAUAUGAAUUGGAAUUACGGAGACAAGAUAACCAGUCUACUUCAAAACCUCACAACUGGAGAACUCCUCUUCGAAGGAGCUUAUGCUUGCGGCGCGCAAGGCAAUUUCGGUGGUCCUGUCAACAUCACUGUCGACAAAGGAGGUGUCAACACGGCCUGCAUAUCGCAGUUGAAGGUUCUCACUUGGGACAUGACAUGUCACGGAGCGGGGGCCGUCGUCACUCAACAGUCAGCAGACUGCGAGUUUCUGGAAAUGCCAAAGCAAAACAAAUUUUGGUACACUAAUGGUGCUCAGCGUGGCAAUGUUGGCCCUCGAUACAGCGUACCGUAUGGCUAUCUUGGACCUGCGAUUACUUCAGGUAGGACCCUGUUUCGCGACAAGUAA